AUCUCAUUGCCGAGCUGGACAGCUCAGUAAUGCUUCAGAGGGGAUCCAUUUGGAAGCCAAACAAAGAGGCAGGGAGGGGUGUGCAAACUCCCAACGCAGCGCAUCAUGAUGCAAACAGCGCAAGAGAAAGAAGAAAGAGAGGAGGCGAGGGAAGGAGGAGCGAGCAGGCGAGCAGACUGACUCCAGCUUCGUUGCUCUCACUUGCGCUUCUGUGCAGCUUUUCUGCCUGUCCUCUCUCUUUCUCUCACAGCGACGCUGAGACGGGGACGUCAAUAGAACCUCCAGCUUUCUGGACCCAACUGAAAAGGCGCAACCGAGGGGCACAGGAGCUCCUCCUGCUGCCACACCAUGCUGCCCUGGAGGAGGAACAAGUUUGUUCUGGUGGAGGAUGACCAUAAAAUGAAAGGCAAGAGUCUGGGGACAGGAUUGACUUAUCACUCCAUCCUCUCGACUCUAUUGCGCUCCUGUCCCGACCUGCUGCCCGACUGCCCCUUCGACUGGGUGGGAAACAUCUUUCAUACCAAACGACAGAAGGUGGAACUAAACCGAGAGGAGCCUGUUUACAAUGUGCGCUAUCUGGGAAGUGUGGUCACCAUCACGGCCAAGGGGGAAGGUUGCACCCAGGAAGCGGUGGCCAAGAUCUGGGCAAAGAGCAGCUACGGGGAGCAGAGCGUCAAAAUGAGGUUGACCGUGGGACCGCAAGGCAUCCGCAUGAGCGCCGACAAAUCUGGGAAAAAAAGUCCCGUUCAUCUUUACUCUCUGAGCAGGAUCACCUGCUGUACGCCGGACCCGUGUCGCCCCAAGAUCCUGGCCUGGAUCUACAGGCACCAGAUAAAGAACAUGGCCAUCGUCCUUCGUUGUCACGCCGUCUUGGUGAGCAAGGCGGAGAAGGCCCAGGCCAUCGCGCAAAGCCUCUACCAGCACACAACCUCCGCCUUCAGCGAGUUUAAACGUCUCAAGCGUCAGAGUGACUUCCGGCACUGCCGGCAGCAGCUGCUGGGGGAGGAGGCGGUGCCCCUGAUGCCCCUGAGGAGGCUUCUGAACGGGCAGUGCCACUACAGGUCGCCCGCCGACACCCCCGGCAGCGCCGCUCGUCUCUGCUCCAUCACGGAGGAAGAGGAGGAUGACGAGGAGAUGGCGGGAGAGGAGCGACCCUCAGAGACGGAGCGCAAAAGCAAGCGGACGGUUUUAACGACAAACACGGACCCGACUCAGCUGCUGUCCCAGUUGGAUCUCGGGGAUAUUGCCAGACUGGAGCAGUGCCAAAUCAACUUUGUCAGCGAGAGCAAUAACAACACGUUUACAUUUAUAACGUCGUUGGUGUAAACGUGAAGAGAAAACGAAAAGGACGUAGCCGUUUGUUUACUUGGGCUCCCUCCUUUUGAAAUGUAUUCACCAGCGUCGCUGGUCUGUUGCGAGGGCCCUCUGUGUUCCGGCCAGAUGGCUCUGACGCUGGUGCCGACUGUAACGAGCGGGAAAUGUUUACAAGAAGAGUUGCACACUGACGCACACCCUGACGAGCACAACCAACGUCGGCGCUCUUAGAGAUGCAGCAUGAGAUGCUCACGUUUUGAUUACAAACCUUUAUUUCAUUUAUUUUUUUAAGCAGGUUCUUUGUAUGUUUGUGUCGUAUUUCUAACGUGACAAUCCUAACUGAUGUUCAGAUGGCAGAUUGGGUUAUUAAUGAGCGAGGCGACGGAUUAGGAUGCAAGCCAUUGACGGGACGUCUUAAUUACUGCCAUUUGUUAGCGUCCUUAUCAUUUAUGCAUGACGUGUCAAGUGUAACCUUUUGCGUUGAGCUUUUGUCUUUCAUCACCUUCAAAGUGAACACUGUGAUAAAUGUGUGAGCAGGGAUAAAGACGCACACAAAAGUCAAAUUUAUGUCGUGCAUCUUGACAUCAAUCCUUUUGUAAGACACAUUUCAGUCUGUCAUAACCGUGCUAGCAAAUUUUUCCCCCCCCUACAUUAGCUCUUACAUAACUUGACAAAUUGAAGAACUGUUUAGAAUAUGGUUAGACCUGCUUUCCUUUUGAUUGAAAGACUGACAGCAUUGUGUUGUAUAUGAAAUAAAGCUUUUUGGAAUAUU